AUGCAAUCAGCCCCAGGAGCUCGGCCAUCACGGCUCACCAAAUGGUGGCCCAUCGGCUUCUUCAUUGGUGCUAUUGUCUGCUUCAUCAUCGGCGGUGCUCUUGUGGGCACAUGGACCUCCCACGCGUAUGACGACUGCUCCUACAGCAACUCAUACGACAGCUCCAGCUCGUACUACAGCUCCUACUAUUCCAACUACGACUACUCCUGUGCGACUACCAACAUGGGCGAGUUCUAUGGCGCUAUUGCUAUGUUUGUGAUCGGCGGCAUCCUCAAGCUCGUCGCUUGGAUCCUGCUCAUCAUCUUCUGCGUCAAGCGCAGCCGCAAUAUCCGCCACACCGUCACAUAUAUGAACUCUCCUCCUGUCCAGGAAACACAGCCCCUACAGACUUACGCCGCGCCUCAACCGUACGCUCCAGUGCCUCAGGCUGCUCAUUUCCCUCAUUCCCCCGUCUCGCCUAAUUCUGGUUACCCUGAGGUUGUGGGCUCAUCCGUCUCUGGUACGCCUCCCCCGAAUGAGGCCAAUGCAUCGGCAGGUGCUUCCAAGUACUGUACACAGUGCGGAACCGCUGUCUCUAGCCGAUUCUGCGCUCAAUGUGGCACCCAGAGCUGA